UUGCAGAUUGGUGUAACCAACACGCUGCUGAAGUACAACAGAGUAUCACUGCUGUUUUUAGAUCAGAGCUCAGACUAGUUCCACUUCUCAGGAAGUGAGACUCAGACAGUCGUUGUCACUGAGCGGUAAAAUGGCGCAGAAAGGAGUUCAGCUGGACCGGGAAACCUUCUCUUGUUCCAUCUGUCUGGAUCUACUGAAGGAUCCGGUGACUACUCCCUGUGGACACAGCUACUGCAUGAACUGUAUUAACAGUUUCUGGGAUGAAGGGGAUGAGAAGGAAACCCACAGCUGUCCUCAGUGCAGACAGAGCUUCACACCGAGGCCUGUCCUGCUGAAAAACACCAUGUUAGCAGAUUUAGUGGAGGAGCUGAAGAAGACUGGACUCCAAGCUGCUCCUGCUGAUCACUGCUAUGCUGGAGCUGGAGAUGUGGUCUGUGAUUUCUGCACCGGGAGAAAACUGAAAGCACACAAGUCCUGUCUCGUCUGUCUGGCUUCUUACUGUGAGAAACACCUUCAGCCUCAUUAUGAUGUCGCUCCAUUAAAGAAACACAAGCUGGUGGAGCCGUCCAAGAAGCUCCAGGAGAACGUCUGCUCUCGUCAUGAUGAGGUGAUGAAGAUGUUCUGCCGUAAUGAUCAGCAGCUUAUCUGUUAUCUCUGCUCUGUGGAGGAACAUAAAGGCCACGACACAGUCUCAGCUGCAGCAGAGAGAGCUGAGAGGCAGAGAGAGCUCGAGGGGAGUCGACAAAACAUCCAGCAGAGAAUCCAGGACAGAGAGAAAGAUGUGAAGCUGCUUCAACAGCAGGCGGAGGCCAUCAAUCUCUCUGCUGAUAAAACAGUGGAGGACAGCGAGAAGAUCUUCACUGAGCUGAUCCGUCUCCUGGAGAAAAGAAGCUCUGAUGUGGAGCAGCAGGUCAGAUCCAGGCAGAAAAGUGAAGAGAGUCGAGUCAGAGAGCUUCAGGAGAAGCUGGAGCAGGAGAUCACUGAGCUGAAGAGGAGAGACGCUGAGCUGAAGAAGCUCUCGCACACAGAGGAUCACAACCAGUUUCUACACAACUACCCCUCACUGUCACCACUCAGCCAAUCAGCAUCCAGCAUCCAUAUCCGUCCUCUGAGCUGCUUUGAGGACGUGACAGCGGCCGUGUCAGAAGUCAGAGAUAAACUACAGGACGUCCUGAGAGAGAAGAGGACAAACAUCUCACUGACAGGGACUGAAGUGGACGUUUUACUGCCACAACCACAACCAGAGCCCAAGACCAGAGCUGGAUUCUUAAAAUAUUCACGUGACAUCACACUGGAUCCAAACACAGCACACACACGGCUGUUAUUAUCUGAGGGGAACAGGAAAGUAACAUUCAUGAAUCAACAACAGUCUUAUUCUAGUCACCCAGACAGAUUCACUAACUGGUCUCAGGUCCUGAGUAGAGAGAGUCUGACUGGACGUUGUUACUGGGAGGUGGAGAGGAGAGGAGGAGGAGUUUAUGUAGCAGUCGCAUACAAGAACAUCAUCAGAGCAGGGGGGUCGGCUGAAUGUGGAUUUGGAUACAAUGACAAAUCUUGGGCGUUAUAUUGCAACAACAGUUAUAUAUUUUGGUACAACAAUGUCCACACUCAUGUCUCAGGUCCUGAGUCCUCCAGAGUAGGAGUGUACCUGGAUCACAGUGCAGGUAUCCUGUCCUUCUACAGCGUCUCUGAAACCAUGACUCUCCUCCACAGAGUCCAGACCACAUUCACUCAGCCGCUCUAUGCUGGACUAAUGGUUCAUUAUUCUGGAGACUCUGCUGAGUUGUGUAAACUGAAAUAGACAGAAGUCAUUUAAGGGUUAAAUUCUGUGUUUUAACUCUUCAACUUAUUCAGGGUUCAACAACAAGGGUUUCCUGAUGGCCCGGGGCAAAUAAAACACCACAUGGGGCAAAUAAAUAUAACAACCCACCUGCCUGACACGAGAUGUUUAAAAAAAAAAAAAAGCUUUUACACUUUUGACGGUUUCGAACAUUUUCCAAGUAAUUUUUUACGUUUUAGGACUUUUUUCUUUUACAUUUGACUUGUUUUCCAAUGACUUCGACUUUAUAAAAAAAUGUUUUUUCACGUUUUUUUCACAGUUUUUCCGAAGUUUGACAUGUUUUUCCCAAUGUUUUUCUUUACUUUUUCAAUGCUUUUAAAAAAAACGUUUUUUCAAACAUUCCUCUUUGAGGUUUAAAAAAAGAAAGGGGCCAGUAAAAACUGUCUCCGGACAAGUAGAAACCUUCACGUUGAACCGUGUUAUUUUAGGCUCCAUGUUUGUUGUUUAGAGCUGAUUGUUUAUGUCUUUUUUUUUAUGUUUUUGUUGCUUUUAUCAAUGUUUUUUUUGUCAGUUUUUCAACAUUUCUUUUUUUGAGAUGACCAUCACCUGUUGUUUUUUUCAGCCAACAUUUCCUCUCUGAGACAAUAAAUAUUAAGCUAAAACUAAA